AUGCUGGACCGUCUACACAGCUUGUCUGUUUUUCUGGCGAGUCUUUUUGUGAGAAUACCACUGUGGAUAUAUGGUGAAUACAUCCUGCCAUUGGUAUACCUUUUGCCCAUCCUGCAAUCGUACAAGACCGAAAAUUACGUUUACCCAAGCAAACUGGUGGAAGAAGUAGUAAACGCUAAUGAUGUGUUGGACAUCUGCGCUGCUCAUGGGUUUGAGGUCCACGAACAUGUUGUCAAGACGCAGGAUGGUUAUUUAUUAACGGUGCAUCGCAUUGUGAGCAGACAUGCAUCUCUCCAUGAAUUAAAGCUUAAACGACCUGUAGUGUACUUUCACCACGGAUUGUUGACCAAUAGUGAACUAUUCUUGUUAGGCCAGCGCACAGAGAAGUGUUUGCCAUUUUUGCUGGUCGAGCGUGGAUACGAUGUUUGGCUCGGCAACAACCGCGGUAACAAAUACAGCAGAAAGCACAUCAACCUGUCGUCGAAAAGCGCAAAGUUUUGGGAUUUCUCGCUGGACGAAUAUGCGAUUUUCGAUAUCCCCGACACUCUGACCUACAUUCUGGACCUAACCAAGUUGUCGAAACUGACGUACAUAGGCUUCAGCCAAGGCUCCUCCCAGGCAUUUGCUGCCUUCUCUAUCAACCCACAGCUGCGAGACAAGAUAAAGCUGUUUGUGGGACUGUCGCCAGCAAUGAUUCCACGAUCUCUGAGCCAUCCAAUCGCUAAGUUUCUCGUGACGUGCCCUUCGGAGCUUCUGUACUUUAUCUUCGGAACCAGGGCCAUCCUGCCUUCGACAGUAUUCUGGCAGCGGCUUCUGGGUCCGAUAAAUUACAUGAAGGUUGUAGAUUGGUCGUUGGUUUAUCUGUUCAACUGGAAAAGCGAGCACAUAAGUCUGACGCAGAAACAGGUGGGUUACACCCACAUGUUUUCGCCCUCCAGCGUGAAAAGUGUAGCCCACUGGUUCCAGAUCAUCAAUAACAAACGAUUCCAAAUGUUCCAAGAGGACAUCUCCAAGAUCUACUCCUCCGUGCCGUCCCUGCACAGUAAAUUACACCGCUGCGCACCUUUUCCGGUUCAAGUCAUCGAAAACAUGCCCAUGAUGCUGCUAUAUGGCGACCAGGAUAUUCUCAUCGACAUGGAAACAACGAAACAAAAUCUCGUACGCAAUCUGAAAGAUCUGACGCUGGUCGAGCUUCCAGGAUACGAGCACAUGGACACCCUGUGGGCCGACAACGUGACAGAAUUGGUGUUUAAUCCAUUACUGCAAAAGUUGGAGCAAGUACAUGCUGCCAAUGAUAUAAGUGAUACCGACACGGACACGACUAGCGACAUAUAG